GGGCGGGCUGUAUACUCCUGGGAGUUCGGGCUCCGAAGAGCGUGCGUAAGGAGAGACUGAGGCAGGGCCAGGGCGCGGAUGCUGGAAGUUCACAUCCCCUCCGUGGGGCCCGAGGCCGAAGGGACCAGGCAGAGUCCAGAGAAAGGCCACAUGGUGUUCCAAGUGGAGGUGCUGUGCUGCGGGCGCAGACACACGGUGUCAAGGCGCUACAGCGAGUUCCACGCGCUACACAAGCGGAUCAAGAAGCUGUACAAAGUGCCGGACUUCCCCUCGAAACGCCUGCCCAAUUGGAGGACCAAAGGGUUGGAACAGCGCCGGCAGGGCUUGGAGGCCUAUAUCCAGGGUAUCCUAUACCUGAAUCAGGAUGUGCCCAAGGAAUUAUUAGAAUUCCUGAGACUACGGCACUUCCCCACAGACCCCAAGGCCAGCAGUUGGAGCGCCCUGGGGGAAUUCCUGCCUAGUGACAGCAGCUCCCAGCUGCACCACCGGCCUGUCAUUGGCUUCUGCAUAGAUCCCUACAUUUACACCCCUUCCCCAGAAUCUCUUCCUGAAAUGGUGGUGAACGGUGUGCUCCAGGGUCUCUAUGGCUUCAACUCUAGUCCAGCUUCAGCCCAGACAAAGGCUGACUACCACCCUGCUCCUCCACCAAUGCCCUGAUCAGCCCAGGUUUUGGGUCACUUUGUCAGAAUAGUUAUGUGCCUCAGAUGUCUGAACUCCAUACAAGGAACUGGGUCCUCCCUUAGACUGGACUCAGGAUUUAACUGAGGCUCAGCUGUGCCCAAUCCCACUCAAGGCUCUGAACUUGGCUUGCACUGAUAGCUGCAGCUGGUAGAACUCAUAUCCUUAGAGCCCAGGAGCCAAGGCUAAGGAGAUGAGACGCCAUCUUCGAGGUAGGCUAUGAGAAGGUCUGAGUAGAAUGCCUAGCCUAGCCGACAGGUGGCAGGGAAGCUAGAGUAAGGCAUAGUAGCUGGCCAGAAAGCCCCUACCUGAUGAUUUGUGGGUAGCACCUGGAUACGGAUUCAGACAGGAGCCCAAGGAAUGGGCAUAUAUCCAUCACCACUGGGGAACCCCAGAAAUGUUGGGGAAGCUCAAAGCAAGUGCUACCAUAUCCCCAAACACAGCCCAUACACAUUAUAAAAAAACAAAACAAAAAAAAAACCACUUUAUUGGUCAACAUUAGUACAAGUUUGAUAUAAAACCAGGCCUGUGGAAUGUGAGGAGUGUGGGUCCACCCCAUCAAAUGGAAGCACUAGGGCCAGCACAGCUCAGAGCCUUGUGACUGGCUAUCUUCACCCCAUGAGGGCAAUGGCCUGCACAGUUGUUUGUAGGGAUGAGGUAGGUCCUGAGGCCCUACUCCUUGGCAAUAGCAAAUGGCUUUUCCACUUCAA